ACAAAAUGAGCGCAUCGUCGGUGGAUCCAUUACGAACAUCGCCACUUACCCCUUUAUGGCCAACAUGAAUUUAAAUUUUGGGGGGGUAUGGCGCGCAGGCUGCGGCGGUACUCUCAUCACUACCACAGCCGUGGUGGGAUCUGCUUCUUGUGUUGGAGCUCCUGACAUUCACCUUUGGAGAACGCGCCUAGGUAGCAACUCUGCAACCAGCGGCGGUGUUACGAUCAACACCGCUCGAAUGACCCCGCACCCGAACUAUCACUGGCAGCUGCGUGACGGCAACAUUUUGGUUUUGAAGCUCGUGUCUCCCGCUCCGAUUUCCAACAACAUCCGUCCUGCCCGUAUCGCAGGAGCAAACUAUGCACUCCCCGACAAUCUACAUGUUUACGUUGCAGGAUGGGGUCUAUAUGGAGGUAGCGGUCUAUCACAGCAACUAAGGCACGCAGAUACCCGCGUUGUAAACCAUGACCUCUGCACCAGGCGCCAUGCGGAGCUCAGGGCCCGACCAGGCUUCGGCCACUUCCCCCCCGUGUGGCCUGGAGACCUGUGCACUGGUCUGCUCGACGUCGGAGGUCGGGGCUCUUGUGAAUUCGACUACGGCGGCCCCGUCGUACACCAACGCGAUAUUCUGGUCGGAGUUAUUGGCUGGAACUAUGCAUGUGGCCAUCCCUACUACCCAACAGUUAACACCAGAGUGCCACAUUAUAGUAAUUGGAUAGUUUCUGUAUCAUAACUGUAGUAGUU